UGACUCAUCUAGUGCAGUUACAUUCAAAUCCGAGAGGUGGCGCUGCAAAUUUCCCACAGUGCAGUGCAAAAAUGACGGCGAGCAACAUGGCCACCACUGACACCGCUCGGGAGAAAGGUCUCACGGACUAUCGCAAAAAACUCCUGGAACACCGAGAGUUGGAGAGUCGGCUCAAAGAGAUGCGGGAACAGCUGAAGGAGCUGACGAAGGACUAUGAGAAGUCUGAGAACGACCUGAAGGCUCUACAGAGUGUUGGACAGAUUGUUGGUGAAGUGCUGAAGCAGUUGACUGAGGAUAAGUUUAUUGUCAAGGCGACCAACGGUCCUCGCUAUGUGGUGGGCUGCAGGCGACAGGUCGACAAGGCCAGGCUGAAGGCUGGCACCCGUGUGGCUCUGGACAUGACAACUCUCACCAUCAUGAGGUACCUUCCCCGUGAGGUGGACCCCCUGGUGUAUAACAUGUCUAUCGAGGACCCGGGUGAAGUGUCCUACUCACAGAUCGGAGGACUGGCAGAACAGAUCAGACAGCUCAGAGAGGUGAUAGAGCUGCCCCUGCUCAACCCUGAGCUGUUCUUCCGUGUUGGGAUCGACCCACCGAAGGGAGUCCUGCUGUACGGGCCUCCAGGCACAGGAAAAACUCUGCUGGCCAGGGCAGUAGCAAGUCAGCUGGAUUGUAACUUCUUGAAGGUUGUAUCCAGCGCCAUAGUUGACAAGUACAUAGGAGAGAGUGCCCGACUGAUCCGAGAGAUGUUUGGGUAUGCCAAGGACCAUCAACCAUGUAUCAUCUUCAUGGAUGAGAUAGAUGCUAUAGGUGGCAGACGUUUCUCGGAGGGCACAUCUGCUGACAGAGAGAUCCAGAGAACACUGAUGGAGUUGUUGAACCAGAUGGACGGGUUUGACCGGUUGGGGAAAGUGAAGAUGAUCAUGGCCACCAACCGGCCCGACACGCUGGACCCGGCCCUGCUCAGGCCGGGCAGACUGGACAGGAAGAUCCAGAUCGACCUCCCGAAUGAGCAGGCCAGAAUGGACAUCUUGAAGAUCCACUCUGGACCAAUGACAAAACAUGGAGAAAUAGACUACGAAGCGAUAGUGAAACUGUCUGAUGGCUUCAACGGAGCCGAUCUCAGGAACGUCUGUACUGAAGCAGGAAUGUUUGCCAUCCGAUCGGAGCGAGAGUACGUGAUAGAAGAGGACUUUAUGAAGGCCGUGAGGAAAGUCUGCGAUAACAAGAAACUGGAGUCCAAACUGGACUACAAGCCUGUAUAAACAACCACUAGCAUCAAAUCUCCUGAAUCAGAACUGUAAACAAUGACCAUAGGAUACUGUUUGCUCCUUUUGCUUUUGUUGUUAUUAGUACCAUACAGAUAAAAGUUGUCUUCCCUGUCUCGGUAAUAAUACUAUUAUUAUUAUAGUACUAUUUAAUCAGACUCAUUAUAGAGAACAAUUUUCAGUCUUGUUUCUUCUCCAUAUGUAUUCUAAAACUGUGUACUCUUCAUCAGACCUAUGAAUCCAAUAUCUGAAUAAAGUAAGA